AACUGGCAAUUGAAAACAAUGAUGGCGACCGAUUGUAAAGUGAUGGAAGUAUAACGUUAACGGCAUGAGUUUUAAUAAUAUUUCCGUAGUUAAAGUUGUAAUAAAUACAUUUUUAACAUUAAUAGUGAACAUAUGACCAAUUAGUGUAAUAGUUAUAACUAUCUGAAACCAUGGCGCGAGAGUUUGACCACCUUUUCAAACUGCUGAUUAUCGGUGACAGUGGUGUGGGUAAAAGCUGUCUUCUCCUGCGAUUCGCCGACAACACAUUCUCCGGUAGUUACAUUACUACGAUAGGGGUCGAUUUCAAAAUAAGAACUUUAGAAAUAAACGGUGAGCGAGUGAAGCUACAGAUAUGGGAUACGGCAGGCCAGGAGAGGUUCAGGACGAUAACGAGUACGUACUACAGAGGAACGCACGGCGUCAUCGUGGUCUACGAUGUCACGAACGGGGAGUCCUUCGCCAAUGUCAAGAGGUGGCUUCACGAGAUCGAGCAGAAUUGUGAUGUUGUUAAUAAAGUCUUAGUUGGUAACAAGAAUGAUUGUCCGUCAAGAAAAGUAGUUGUAACGGAAGACGCUCAGAGGUUCGCCAAUCAGAUGAACAUACCGCUGUUUGAGACGAGCGCUAAGGAGAACAUUAAUGUAGAGGAAAUGUUUCUCACUAUCACUAAAAUGGUACUAAGGUCGAAGCUGGAAAUGAAAGAGAGGCAAAAUGUAACAUCAAAAGACACUGUACACCUAAAGAGUAAUAUUAAAACCAGAAAGAAAUGUUGCUAGUGGUAGACACCUCUUGUGCCACGGACAAUGUUCUCAAUGCUCAAAAUGGAAAGAUUUGUUGACCUAGCAGGUUGUAAUAAAGAGGUUAGACUUGCUUUUUUAUUGUAGCAAGGUGAAGAUUUAUUAUUUUCAUAUGGUAACACUGUAUUAUACUAGAGGCUGCAGACAAUAGACAUGAGAGUAUUUUUUUACAAUAUUGCCAUUACAUGAAAAUUUGUGGUAGGUGUACCUGCAUAAUUAAAGGCUAUUUUACAUGGUUCAUAAAACAAUAGAUUGUCAUAUUGCAUUCAAAGCACAGAUAAACUAAGUAUCAAAGACUAUCCAGAAUUCAGUUGUUUGUGUCAAGUCCAAUAGAAAAUUGUUCACAUUGCCUUUUGUUAGUGGGUUCUAGCAUUGAUAUUUUAAUUUUGCUGAUCUCCUUAGUAAGAUUUAGCUUGACACAGCAAAGUAUCUGGGAACAUGCAUUUAAGUUAUAAAUUAUGAGUACAUAUCGCGUGUGCAGUUUUUAUGACUACAACAAUUUAAUGAGUAUAUUUUGUAGAAAUGACCAAAAUAAUAAUAAAAGAUUGUCGGUAAAUUGUUAAAAUACCUGAUAUUUUGUAAUGAACUUGCUAGGUUGAACAAUCUAAAGAGCAUGUACAUACUAUGGAUUUAUUUACUCCAAAAAUUAUUAGAAUAUAACGAAUGCCUAGUUAAUGAAUGAGUGUAAUCUAAUUAUCAAAAUUUAUGUGAUGGUUCGACGAAUGUUAGCAUAAGAAGUAUACCAUUAAUGUUAUUUUUUAUUAAAUGAUAAUCAUUGAAUAGUUACGAACGUGUGACAAUGAGCGCUUACGGCCAUGAUACACGCAUACCACCAUUCAAAAGCUGUAAUUUAAAUAUGGAAUAUUCUAGAAAAGACUAAACGGAAAAGGUAUAUAAACUUUUUAUGUUGUAGUUUUGUAGCUAGAUUUGCAGUGUCUAUGAUAUUGCGAUUCCAUUUCUGUAGCCUUCUAUAGGCAUGCUUGACGUUGAUAUUAAUACUAAAGCGUCGAAGGUCCAAUAGGCAAUUGUUGGUAGCCACAUUUCUUAAGUUUUCCAGCAGAAUCACGAGACAACGCCAACUAACCAAUAUUGGCUAACCAAGAAUUAAUAAAAAACCUAAUGCUGUAUGUGGCCACAAAAAUUAUUUAUGAAACAAGUAUUAAAUUCUUAUGAAAGAGCCAGCACUUACAAACACAUAUUCUGAUAAAACUAACUGAAGUUUAUUAUUGUAUAGUAUAGAUGUUAAAUCCAGUGUAAUUUUCAGUGAGAUAUUUAAUUUUUUUUUAAUUUUGAUAUUGGCAUAGUUUUACAGUAUUCUGUAUUGAAAUUCCAAAUUUAUUUGUUUUAAUCUAGGAGGUAUUUUUUAUGAUUUUAACCUAUAUUGUUUUUGGGUACGAAAAUAUCACCAAAAUUGUUAAUAAAUAUAGAUUAUUUGAUGCAGUUAGCAUGCUAAGCAGCAAGAAUCUUUGGUCAGUGUUGCCAACAAUUUUUAAAUUCCCAAAAGAAGUUUAUUUUAGAUUAACCCAUCAAAUUAGUCAGCCAAUUGCAUCAUGAUCUAUAUUUUUCACCCAAUUACUAAUAUUAACUUUGUACAAUUUAUGUUAAAUUAUAAAAUUCGGUCAACAAUACAAUUCAACUAGUAAGUUAUCCCUAAACUAUCUAUACAUAUCAGAAUGAUGUUAGAUAUUACAACUAGGGAAUGGAUUGCUAUAAGUUACGAUUAUUAUAAAGUUUAGUACACAAUGUGUAAGUGACAAUAGUUAGAGCCUAAACACACGAACAAUAUUCACAAGUCCAAUAUAAAUGUAGAGAAGUUCUAAGUUCAAAAAAGUCCGUUAUAAAAGGGUGCUUACUCAUUUACAAACAAAAGAAUCCUUUACGUGCUUUACGUGAAAAGUGAGUAUGUGCCCUUAUACAUUUAUGUUACUGUUGUAUUUGCAAGUAAAGGACAUAGUAAGAAGUAUUUUUGCAAUGGCGUAAACUAGUUUAUGGAUAGCUUUCAGUAAAUAUAGUAUUUUGUAUUUAUGUUUUCAUGGUAAACAUGUGUCUGCAUUUUAAAUAUUUUAAAAAUGUAUUUGGCCUUUCAUUUAUGUGGUUUUGUGUAGAGAAAUGAUUGCUAAAAGUCACAGUUAGUUUUGAAAUACUUUUAUUAGUUGGACAUCUUUAUUUUUAUUGUGUUAUUGAUUUGUGCAUGAGAAAAUUUUUAUGAUGCUGUUCUCAUAUGGGUAUUUCAAAUAAGUCUCUUUAUGGUAUUAUGUUUCGAAUAACAAAAUAUGAAUACAUAAUAAAAAAACAUUAAUUUUAAUACACGCUGAAAAUGUACCGCUUAACACGUUCGCGUGAGCAAUCUCAUUUUUAAAUGUUGGUACUGUGGCGCACCUUUUUCGCACACAAAAUUAAACCAAGUCUUAAGACGUCCCGCCGUUAUACGUAGUCUUAUAAUCUGUGUUAUGUGGCGCAACGUUAUUUCACGUCCGACGUCUAUAAACGUUGUCGCCACCACAUAGGUCUGACAUGGUCCGUCAAAAUAAAUAUGACAAUCUAGAGGCCGUCGUACGACGUUGGGCCUUUUCAUACUUAUAUCAAUACGACGUUGUAAGACGUUGCUUACGCGAACGUGUUAAUUAAAAUGCGUCGGAUUGAGUCUAUUUUAUUUUUCUCAAAUAAAACAAUAAGUAAUGUCUUCCCUGUAAUUAAUGUAAAGGCCCAUGUAUCGUUUCUCCUUAUGAACACUGUUUUCGACACAUUUUUAUAAGCCCAUGUAUCGCAAAAUAUAGUUUUAGCUUUGGACUGAACUUUAUUUUACUGCAGUAUAAUAUCUUAUGGCAUUUUUUACUUUAAGAUUUUACAGUAUGGAACCCCCUUUUGUGCGCUAAUUUUAAUAUGAAAAAUGUAUUUUUUUAAGGCCGUAAAGCAAAGGUAGCCUUAUCAAUUUGUUCAGUUAAUAAUUUCAAGCAGUACACACUAAUCUGAACUAUAUAAAAAAAUACAUAAUAGGUAAGGCUACUUUUGUUCUUAAAGAUGCUGAAAGACUUGAAUGAUUUACAUGAUGCCGUAAUGUUAUUUACGGCUAGACAACAUCAUUCAGAUCCGACCGCACUUAUAGUCUCAAUUGGUCUGGACUCACAAAAACAUGUAUUGUGGAAAACCAAAAACAACUGUUUUGCUGACAAUCAUUCCGUACACAACGUUUGUACAAUCAUUUAUGGCGGUUUUAUUUAAUUAUGCGUGAAUUGUAACACGCCAUUACUCAUUUAUUAUUUAUGGAAAGUAUUGUUCAUGAGUCAUCAUUUUGUUUUAAUACAUAGUUGUAAAUAUAUCCCCUAUUUUCAUCAUAAUAA